AUGGGAACAGUCACAGGGGAACUGGCUACUAUGGACGUCAAACAAGGUAACUUUACGUAUUAAUUAAUAAAUAUUUAGACAAAAAAAUGGCAGUAAUUGCAAAAGUUUUUGUUUCGUCACCGCAAUUGUUAAAAAUAGAUGAAACAAUAAAUACAUGCGUGAAAUAUACACAAAAUUCAAAGAUGCACAAGAAUUACAUUUUUAAAUAUAAUUUGAAUUACCAGUUAGCUUGGAACCUUUACUUAAUGAAAAUUGUGGGUAUCUGGCCGGAAGAAAGGAAAUGGAACCGACCUUCGAGUUAUGUUGUUUUCUUACCAUUCCUCACAAUGCUCUGCUUUCUGUGGGGUCCACAAACUAUUAAUCUACCGCUUAUCGCUCAUGACCUGAAUUUGGUGGUCGAGAAUUUAUCACUGGGUAACAUGACUGUCACGAUUGCACUCACGAAGGCUAUAAUAUUUUGGAUGAAAGGCGAAUGUGAGACAUUGAAGUCUCUGCUGAGGUGCAUAGCCAAGGAUUGGGCCACGGUGGAAACGAAAGCCGGACGAGAACGGAUGGUGAACACCGCGAGGAUAAGUAGGAAGAUCACGAUAAGCUCCGCAAUACUCUGCAAUUUCGUAAUCGUCGCUUACAUGUUGCUACGACUUUUUUCCUUGAAACACAGCGACAAUAAAUUGUUCUUCCGCGGCUAUUUCCCCUACGACGUAAACAUCAGUCCAAACUACGAAUUGACGAUGAUCGGUCAAGGAAUAGCUAUGACAUGUUCAACUAUCUUCUAUUCAACU